AGACUAAUCAAUUUGACAUUUCUAUAUUUAAAAAAAAAAUAUAUUAUUGGUUUCAUAUUUGUUUUUUUUUUUUAUUUUAAUAAACAUAACGUUUUGAUGGAUGUAAAAUUUUCAAUUUUUCUCAACGAAGCAUUAUUUUACUAAAUAAUGUUUCGUAAUAUUGCUGCAAAAGUUUCAAAUAUUUCGAGAUUUUUUAGUUGUGGUGUACGAAAUUUGAUACGUGAACCUUCAUUGCCAUUACGAAAAUGUCCAAAAUGGGUUUGUGUUGAGGAUGCUGUUAAAGUUAUUAAUUCAGAGCAUUUAGUUUUUAUCCAAGGAGGAUCAGCAACACCAUUAGAAUUAGUUAGAGCAUUGACUGAACAUGGUAUUUGCUCCAAUCUUCGAUCAGUUCGUCUUAUUCACAUGGCCCUUGAAGGAGAUGCUCCAUUUUCAAAUCCCGAAUAUGAAAAACACUUUAGAUCAAUAAGUUUUUAUAUUGGUCAUAAUUUGAGAGAAGCUGUUAAUGAUGGACGAGCUGAUUAUAUACCAAUAUUUAAUCAUGAAAUACCAAAGCUAUUUUAUCAAGAUUUUAUUGUACCUGAUGUUGCUUUUAUUCAUGUAAGCUCACCAGACAUACGUGGAUUUUGUUCAUUGGGAACAUCUGUUGAUUGUACCAGGGCAGCAAUAUGUAAAGCUAAAAUUAUUGUUGCACAAGUUAAUGAUCACAUGCCAAGAUCAUUUGGUGAUUCAGUUAUUCAUUCUAGUCAUAUUGAUUAUGCUGUUAAAUUUAAUUGUCCACUUCCUUGUGUUACUGGACAACCUCUUCAUGAAAUUGACAUUGAAAUUGGAAAAAUUGUUGCUCAAAGACUUGUUGAGGAUGGUGCUACACUACAACUGGGUCUUGGUAAUAUUCCAGAUGCAAUUCUUUCAUCAUUAGUGAAUCACAAAAAUCUUGGAGUUCAUACAGAAAUAAUGAGUGAUGAAAUGGUUGAGCUAGUUAAAAAUGGAAAUAUUACAAAUAAACAUAAACCAAGACAUCGAGGAAGAAUUGUUGCUUCACUUGCAAUUGGAACUAAAAAACUUUAUGAUUUUAUUCAUAAUAAUCCUGCACUUGAAAUUUUGGGAAUGAAUUAUACAAAUGAUCCACGAGUGAUAUCACAACAGCCAAAAAUGACAGCAAUAAAUUCAUCAGUUGAAAUGGAUAUUACUGGACAAGUUUGUGGUGAUAGUUUAGGAGUUAAAAUAUACAAUGGUGUUGGAGGACAACUUGACUUUCUUCGUGGAUCAGCAAUAGGACUUGAUGGUCGUGGUAAAUCCAUUGUCGCAUUUCCAUCUGUUACAAGUUGUGGUGAUAGUAGAAUUCAGCCAACAUUAACAUGUGGUGGUGGUGUAACAGCAACUAGGGCUCAUGUACAUCAUGUUGUUACAGAAUAUGGUGUUGCUGAUUUAUUUGGUAAAACUUUACGUCAAAGAGCUUGUGCACUAAUUCAAAUUGCUCAUCCAGAUCAUCGAGAAUGUCUUGAACGUGCUGCAUAUGAACGUCUCAAAUGCAUGCCAACAAAAUAUCUCUAAAAAAAAAAUUUUUUUCCAAUAAAAAAUACAUAAUACAUUGUAUAAUUUUUAUAAGUAAUUAAUUGAUUUUAUUUAUUGUUUUUAUAUAAACAGUCAAUCAAAAUAAUACAACAUAAAAUUAUAAA